AAGUUGCCUUUUAUGGCUCGAGCGGCCGCGGCGCCGCCCUAUAAAACCCGGCGGCGCGCCGCGCAGCCACAGCCGAGCCCGCGUCCAGCCCGCGACUACUGCCUGCCGCCCUCGUCGCUCCGCCGCUCCACACCGUACCAGCCCGCCAUGGAUGACGAUAUCGCCGCGCUCGUGGUCGACAAUGGCUCCGGCAUGUGCAAGGCCGGCUUCGCGGGCGACGAUGCCCCCCGCGCUGUCUUCCCCUCCAUCGUUGGCCGCCCCCGGCACCAGGGCGUGAUGGUGGGCAUGGGCCAGAAGGACUCGUACGUGGGAGACGAAGCCCAGAGCAAGCGUGGCAUCCUGACGCUCAAGUACCCCAUCGAGCACGGCAUUGUCACCAACUGGGACGACAUGGAGAAGAUCUGGCACCACACCUUCUACAACGAGCUGCGCGUGGCCCCCGAGGAGCACCCCGUGCUGCUGACCGAGGCGCCCCUGAACCCCAAGGCCAACCGUGAGAAGAUGACCCAGAUCAUGUUUGAAACCUUCAACACCCCAGCCAUGUACGUGGCCAUCCAGGCCGUGCUGUCCCUGUACGCCUCUGGCCGCACCACGGGGAUCGUGAUGGACUCCGGCGACGGAGUCACCCACACGGUGCCCAUCUACGAGGGCUACGCGCUGCCCCAUGCCAUCCUGCGUCUGGACCUGGCCGGCCGGGACCUGACCGACUACCUCAUGAAGAUUCUCACUGAGCGCGGCUACAGCUUCACCACCACAGCCGAGCGGGAGAUUGUGCGUGACAUCAAAGAGAAGCUGUGCUACGUGGCGCUGGACUUCGAGCAGGAGAUGGCCACAGCGGCCUCCUCGUCCUCCCUGGAGAAGAGCUAUGAGCUGCCCGAUGGCCAGGUGAUCACCAUCGGCAACGAGCGCUUCCGCUGCCCUGAGGCUCUGUUCCAGCCCUCCUUCCUGGGCAUGGAAUCCUGUGGCAUCCAUGAAACAACCUUCAACUCCAUUAUGAAGUGCGAUGUGGACAUCCGAAAGGACCUGUAUGCCAACACAGUGCUGUCCGGUGGCACCACCAUGUACCCUGGCAUUGCUGACAGGAUGCAGAAGGAAAUCACCGCCCUGGCCCCCAGCACCAUGAAGAUCAAGAUCAUUGCGCCUCCAGAGCGCAAGUACUCCGUGUGGAUCGGGGGCUCCAUCCUGGCCUCGCUGUCCACCUUCCAGCAGAUGUGGAUCAGCAAGCAGGAGUAUGAUGAGUCUGGCCCAUCCAUCGUCCACCGCAAAUGCUUCUAGGCGGACUGUGACUCUGCUGCGUCACGCCCUUUCUUGACAAAACCUAACUUGCGCAGAAAACGAGAUGAGAUUGGCAUGGCUUUAUUCGUUGUUUGGGUUUUUUCCUUUUUUUUUUUUUUUUUCUGUUUUGGCGCUUGACUCAGGAUUUAAAAACUGGAACGGUGACGGUGACAGUCGUUGGAGCAUCCCCAAGUUCUACAGUGUGGCCAGGACUUGAGUGUACAUUGUUUUUUUUUUUUAACAGUCAUUCCAGAAGCCCUUGAUGCAUUGUUACAGGAAGUCCCUUGCCUUUCCCAUGGCCUCCCUAGAGUCCCUAAGAAGGGCCAGUUCCGCCCCAGGCCACACGGGGGCCAGAGAGCAUUGCUGUUAAUGUAAAUUAUGUGAUCCAAAUUUUUUUUAAUCUUCGCCUUAAUAUUUGUUCUUUUGUUCCGUUUUAUUUGGGGUGGUCAGCACUGCGGCCCCUCUUUGUCCCCCAACUUGGAUGAAGGCUUUGGUCCCCCUGAGGGCAGGGUGGAGGCGCGGCAGUCAGGCUCCCUGUCCACUGCCGAGACCAGUUCAAUAAAGUGCACCUGAAGAACCGCA